ACAAAGUAUAUAACAAAGUUUAAAAUUAUCAAAUUGUGUAUAGGGCACGUGCCUAGGUUAUACAGAGAAGAAAAAGAAGCAUCCACACUACACCGAAGAGGAAGAUAAUAUGUCGACGUCUAGGUUUGAAGAACCUAACGACGAGGAGUAUGCCCGUCGGGUUGAAAGUUACUGGCGCCAAGUCUAUGAAUCCGAUUGUUUCGACAUCGAGGGUGUCAGAGCACCACCAUGUAUGGAAAUGAAUGGAUUGAUAACCUUCAACUGUCUAUCCUUUGGGUAUCCUGAUCGUCCCUUGGUCAACCGUUAUGCUAGAUUGGGUCUUCAUCGUUACAAUAUGAAGGAGGGGACAAACUUCGAGCUCGAUUGUCUAAUCAAAUUCAACAAGCGGUGCAUUGGUGCUUCUUCUUACUGGAUAACUUUGGCUGCACGCGAUACAGUUGCCCGCAGUCCGAUGCAAACCUUUCAGGUUCAAGUUGAUGAAAAGCGCGCUCGUCUUUUGGAUUUGACGUGUUCUAUUGCUAGAGUUAAAGGAGAGACCACCACCACGGCGCCCUUCUCAUCUCACAACGAUUGUGUGGUGGAUGGUAGAUUGCCUGAUUGGCCCGUAGAUGCUUUCGAUGGUAGCCAACGGUUUUACUUGGCGGAGGGAUCAGAGUUGCUGUACACACACUGGAUUCAUUUGUACCUGGAGCUUGCGGUUUGUAAAACUCAUAUGUCGAUUUCAGAUAAGGAUCUCUCCAAGUUGAAGAUUGUGAAAGUGGCAAUAGAAACUACUGAGGAGGAGCCUCUAAAGGCCAAAAAUUCAAUCCUCUACAUAGCUUUUAAAGGAUUGGCCACUGGUGGUAUUGGCGAGCAUGUUGAACGCAAAGCUAUCAUUAAAAGUGGCAUCGGUGAGCAUACAGGAUUCUUGUAUCUCAAGGGUAACUUGUGCAGGGGAGAAGAAGAAUUGACUCCUAUGAGUGUGGUAGAACGCUGUAUCCAAUAUCGGGACCGCUUACUCACCGUUUAGGCGACGAUUUAUGGUGGAUCGGAUUAAGUUGCUUUCCUUUUAUGCGGUGUAAUAACUAUUAAUGUUUGACCAAGUUGUUUUGUGCGUUUGGAUUUGAUGUUCUUAAUGCGAUGUGUGUGUUUUAAAGUGUAUUGCGACAAUAACUUAUGUUUUCAUGUGUUUAAUGUAAUUUUAAAAACAAUA